AUGGAAGCACCUGGCCAUGUCCGUGGGGAUCAUGAGUCGGAGGCAGUAGAAGCGGAGGAUCGGGAAGACCAGGCAGAAGAGGAUGAAGCGGCCGCUGAGGCAGUCUACGAAUUGGACGACCAAGACGGGGGCUUUGAACUUUGUCCUCGAGAUCCGGCUCGUAUGGAACUGACCGAUCAAGAACGACAAUGGGCUCUGGCCAUCAAAGAAGCCAUUGAGAGCGACGCUGAGCUGGAAAAUGUCUCGGAUUUUGAAGUGGCGCAAUUGGCAUUGGUGGACCGCGACAAGCGAGAGCAGGCGCUGGAAAGAGUCCGUCAUUUCCAAAUAUUUCGAGAAGAAUACAAGUUAAGAAAUACGGUUGAAGAAGGAAAACGAAUUUCUCGUGAUUUUGUGCAACAACAUCCCCUGACGGUCUUGUCCGUGUGCUUGAAUCCAGAUGAAGUGGGAUUUGCCUACUACAGUGGGCACAUCUUUUCUCCCGACUUUACGGCCAUCCGGAAAGGCAUCAAUUUUGUACUGGAAACCAUGGACUACGACUGGCACAACCUGACCAUGAAGACACGGCGUAAAAUGUGGACUGAAUGCUUGGGUGUGUACCCCUAUCAUGUACGAAAACUCAAAUACUUUCACAUGGGACUCUUUGCUUCCCUGGCAGCGUCACUCAUGAAGAAAUUCGUGCCCCAAGAAAUUUAUAAUAAGGUGCAAGUGGGAUGCCAAUUUGGUGGUCGACUCGAUACGUUCUAUGUGGUACCCACCCGAGAAAUUGCCAAUCAACGUCUGAUUGAAAGAAUUGAUGCUUGUCUGGAAAGACGAUAUGAAAAUAUUCAAAACUUUGGACUGUGA